GUUACGUGAAGGCAGGUUGAAUACAUGGGCUCUCACAUGCUGAAGAAUGAGCCUUUAAGAGUUUUUUUCAGACUAUACCAUAUGGAAUCUUUGAAAAGCUGGAGUUUACUACACGAAUACAUUAUCCUGUUGAUGCUCUUUACAACGGUCAGCAAAGGUAAAUAAAUGAUCUGCUCAUACCUAAGGACAUCAUUUACUGUUCACCUCUAUCUGAUCAUCUUAAAACACAGCAGAAUAAAAAGCGCACAUACAAAAGUGAAUUUUCUUUAUCAGUAUGAGUGGAAUGUCAGCCACAAAAUAUUGGUUAGCUUAUCAAUACCAUGUGGUUUCCGCUUAAAGAUUGCAUCUCCUUGUCUAAACUGAUCAUUCCCAUGUUGGUUGGGUAUUUAUUUUUAUAUAUUAAGUAACUAAGUCAAAAGGAUUUCUUAGUGUUGAGGUUGACUCAGUUUGACUGCUCAGAAUAAAAAGGGUUCAGUGUUCGGUCCGAACCUCUAACCUUGUCUGUAAAGUGUAUUAUAUAUAUAUUUUUAAUCACAGUCGAAUUGAAAUACCAUGAUGAAAUUAAAAGAAUGUUAUCAAGAGGUAACUUUACAAUUGGAAUAUCAAAAGGUUAAUGGAAUAAAAACUGCAGCGCCACCUUCUUAUGUGUUUGUUGCUGUGUUUGUUGGUUUCUAGGCUCAGUCAAAUAAAUGUUAAAAUUAAUAAAUGAGAUCAUUUGAAAUGUGUCUCUCCUGAGGGUCAUCAUGUGACGCUCCUUCCAGUCCUGAGUGCUUCAGAAGAACCGCCGAAGCUCCCGAUUACAGGUGUGAAUGGAGCAUGAACAACACCACUGAGAGCAAUGUGAAAUUUGAUCUUUACAUUGAUAAGAGUCAGGAACAUUGCAAGGACCUGGUUUGAGAUCAACGAGAAACCAUUUAAACGACUUAAAAAUCGUUCUGUCAACAUUUGGGUUGAAGCUCACAUAGGAAACUCCAGCUGCGCGUCCACCAACACGUCUGUUGUGCUCUCACACACAGUAAAGUAUGAAGCACCAAAACACAUUUCCAUGUCCUGGUUACAAAACAACCUCAGCUUGAACUGGACGGCAUCAGAGAAGCAUCCAGCUGCAGCAGAAAUCCUGUUACGCAGAGAUGCACACCGCACAGAUUCAUGGAAACACAUAACAACAAAUACCACCAGUGACACUUCAAUGCACCAUGUGCUUGUUGAGAAUCUGUUAAAGGAUACAGUUUACAGGGUUAAAAUCAGACAUCGGUCCACUAAGGCCCUAAACCCACUGUGGAGCGACUGGUCUCCUGUUGUGAUUGUUCCUGCAGAGCUGGAACAAAAACCUGAAGUAACCAUGAAUAUAACCCUUUCAAAUGGGACUCGAAAGGUGGCGCUAACGUGGAAGAAGAUGCCUCAUGCUGCGACGUACAGUCUGAAUGACACACAGUCUUCCAAUGGCUGUACUUGUAAGAAAAUAAGAGAUUAUCCCAUCAACACGACUGAGACUACAUAUACUACUUUUGUCUCGUACUCUGCCGUCAAAAUCUUUGUUAACGGCAGAAACGCAGCAGGAAGUUCUCCACCAGCAAUCCUACAAAUACCAGCCGUACCAGCUGCAGAGUUAAAAAUUUGUGACAACACCUUACUGAAUAUAAAACCAAAGAAGAAAACUUGCCCCGAGUGGUUCGAGCUUCAAGAUGAAGAUUUAUGGCCAAGGUCUGUUUCUGAUACAGACAUUAAGGACUACGUUCGCUACCUGUACUUUGAACACAAAUGCAUUGAUGGGAAACCAUGGACACUUAAAAUGUGCCUCUUUUAUCAAAAAGAGGGCGCUCCCCUCAGAGAACCUCAGGACUUCAUUGCUUUCAGUGAAACACACACUUCUAACUUGUCUUGGAAAGCCAUUCCCUCUGCAGACCAGCGAGGUUUCCUCACACACUACAGCCUGUGCAGCGUGAAAGUUAGUUCACAGGAUGAGCGCAAAGAGUGCCAUAACAUAUCAGCCUCAGUGAUGAAAUACCGGCUCGGAAACUUGACGCAAGGAACGAAAUACAACGUCAGCCUGGUUGGAGUGACCCGAGUAGGAGAAGGACCUGAAGCCACAGUCACUAUCAACACGCUGCCAGAGAAGCCUGUGAAUGUGUUGUGGAGUCUCUGCCUGCUGAUUCUGUUUGUUAUACUCACAACAAUGUGCACCUGCAUCUUGAAGAGAAUCAAAGACAUCUUCUCUGCUGUGCCGACACCUGUUAUUCCAGAUUUCAUCCCUUAUCAACCAGAGAGUCAGGAUUUUCUGGAGAGAAAGGAGGAGGUGGAUGAGCUGACGCUGCUCCAGCUUCAUCCAGAGGUAAAGUCUGUCCCUGAGGAUGCAGAGGAGAGCGCUGUUCUCGCUGGAGAGUGGGAGGAAGACACUGAUGAGGACGAGGACAACGAGAGAUGGGAUUCAAGGAUGUUAGGAGGGUCCAGUGAUGAGUGUCUGAGUCCUGGCUCUACAGAGGAGGCACUGAGGAGCUCCAGAGAAGGAGAAAUUACAGAUGUGGAACAGCUGGACAAUGAGAUCGCCAUGCUGAUAUACAAGAAAGGUCUGGUCUUCAAUGUGAAGACGGACUCCCUGUGAGAUUAAUUUAAAUGAUUUUACUGCCCCACAGCACAACAUUGACUUAUUCUGAAGACUGCAUACAUAUUUUAAUGUGCAGAAUCAUCUACUUAUUAGGAAAAUGUUUGUUAAAUGUUCAUGUUUUUUUUUCCCACUGACAGCCUUUUCAAUGCAGGAUCUCAAAUCAUUGUUCAGACUUCAGAUUUUUUUUCAUUUUAGGUAAUUUCAGAUAGAGAAAAUCUCAACAACCUUUGGAUGAAUUGCCAUGAAACUUUUAAAAUGCAUUCUCAGAACAUGAUUCAUAUCGACAUGGGUGAUCUUAUGACUUUUCAUCUUGGGUUUCCAUGAGCUCAAAAUCCAUACAAAUGUUUGUAGAUGACAAAACACCAUCAAACUAAUGACAUCUGCACACUGCUAUUCAUGCUGCUUUGUAUGACAUUCAAAUGUAAUUUUUUAUAAAGCUCAAUUAUAUAUAGUAAAAUAUAAUUGAACCAUUAAAAAAAACACAAUCAGAUAUCAGCCUCUCCUUAAGAGUCUGGUCCAUUGUAAGGCAGUGUAAAAUGAAACCUGAGGAUGCCAGUAAAGAGCCAGUGUCUUUGCUAUGGCUGAGCACAACUGAGAGAAUUGCCUAAAGGUGAACAUGUGACAGGAAGUGGUCACAAAAAAAACCAGUGACCUUAAAAGAAGGUAGCUCAUGCAAGGUGACACACUAUUACUCAUUGCCAAAGAAGCUUCUGUGGUGUUUCGAUCUACCUUGUUCAAACUAGAACAUGCCAUGUUUUUUUAAGAAGUGAUGACAGACCAAUAGCAUUUACCACCCCACUGCACCCUAGUUUCUCUGCAAAAUAAAUAUUUGACCUGCUUCCUGUAUUGUCAGGUGGUGGCCUGCUUGCG